AUGGGAGGAGCAACUGAACCCGCCCUGAACGCCUCCCUUUGGCUCCGCCCCUGCGCCAACGCCUCCUGUCGGCUUCCAGUCAGAGGGGCGUGUCCGUACAGCACGGCUCAGCUGGUCCUCGUCGCCAUGGUAACCGUCUCCCUCAGCGUCGUCACCGUCCUGGGCAACGCCCUGGUGAUCCUGUCCAUCAAGGUGAACCGACACCUGCGCACCGUCAACAACUACUUCCUGUUGAGCCUGGCGGUGGCCGACCUGAUCGUGGGCCUGCUGUCCAUGAACCUGUACACGCUCUACCUGCUGCGGGGCCGCUGGCCGCUGGGCGCCGCCCUCUGCGACAUGUGGCUCGUGGUGGACUACGUGGUGAGCAGCGCCUCCGUCCUGAACCUGCUGAUCAUCUGCUUGGACCGGUACUUCUGCAUGACGCGGCCGCUCAGCUACCCGGCGUGGCGGACGGGCGGGAUGGCCGGCGCGAUGAUCGGCGCCGCCUGGCUGCUGUCCUUCGUCCUCUGGGCGCCGGCCAUCCUCUGCUGGCAGACGGUCGGAGGGAAACGCGUCGUCCCCGACGGCGAGUGUUACACUCAGCUCCUCGCCAGCCCGGCCGUCACUCUGGGCACCACGCUGCCGUCGUUCUACCUGCCGGCGCUCGUCAUGGUCGGUCUGUACGGCCGUCUGUCCGCCGCCAGCCGCGAUCGACUGAGCGCGCUCCAGUGGGAUCAGGGCACGCUCAGGACCUCCAGUCCGUCCAUAAAGGACUUCCUCUUAAAGCGGCGGAGCUCGGUGACCCGACGGAGCUCGGUGACCCAUGACCCGGCCUCAGACCUGUCUCAGAACCAAUCAGAGUCCAGCACUCAGAAGUCCAGGAAGAACCGGAAGUGGUCCAGAAGUGCAGAGGCCACCUCGGAGCCUCAGCAGCAUCGCACCCGGUCCGCCACCCGCCACGCCGGGGACGAAGACGACACCAAGAUCGAGACCGACUCCUCGUCCAACACUGACCCCCACAGGACGGCGUCUGCGGCCUUCUCCACCUGCCCAAGCUUCAGGUCUCAGGAGAGACGGAGACGGAGAGUGAUGGCGAGGGAGAGAAGGGUCACCAAGACCAUCCUGGCCAUCCUGCUGGCCUUCAUCAUCACCUGGAUGCCGUACAACGUCCUGGCCAUCGUGGCGGCCUUCUGUCACGUCUGCAUCCCCGGCGUACUGUGGAACACCGGCUACUGGCUCUGCUACGUCAACAGCGCCAUCAACCCCGCCUGCUACGCCCUCUGUAACGUGACCUUCAGGAAGACCUUCUGCAGCCUGCUGCGCUGCCGAGGCAGGAAGCUGCGAUGA